AUGUCUUCGCUGGCAUCCUACAAGGGCCCCAAGCCCGUCCAGAAACCCACCAUCAACGACAUUGAGGAGGACGAAGACGAUGUGCUCAUCUCAGCCGACAACUUGCCACAGCACGGAAACGCUGCUGGAGCUGCUGCCGAGAGCGAGGAUAUGGACAUGGAUACCGGAGUGGAGAAGCCCAAGUACGCUGCUCUGAAGGCCAACGAGAUGACUUCCAAGUCCUCAAUUCAGCAGCGUAAAAUCCCGAUCCCCCCUCACAGAAUGACCCCUCUCAAAAAUGAGUGGAUGAAGAUUUACUCUCCUCUCGUGGAUCACCUCAAGCUCCAAGUCCGUAUGAACGUCAAGAGCAAGUCUGUAGAGAUCAGAACUUCAAAGCACACUGACGACACUGGAGCAUUGCAGAAGGGAGCUGAUUUCAUCAAGGCCUUUGCUUUGGGAUUCGAUCUGGACGACGCCACUGCAUUGCUUCGUCUGGAUGACUUGUACCUGGACUCCUUCGAGAUCAAGGAUGUGAAGACCCUGAACGGCGAUCACUUGUCGCGUGCCAUUGGUCGUAUUGCCGGAAAGGACGGAAAGACGAAAUUCACCAUCGAGAACGCCAGCAAAACCAGAAUCGUCCUCGCAGAAACCCGUAUUCAUAUCCUCGGAUCAUUCCAGAACAUCAAGACUGCCAGAGAUGCCAUUGUCUCGCUCAUUCUCGGUUCCCCACCAGGAAAGGUCUACUCGACGUUGCGCACCAAGGCUGCUCGUAUGAAGGAGAGAUUCUAG